AUGGGAGAGAAGGGGAUGGAAGAGGAACCGAUCCACAGCGCCGGCUCCCGUGUGGCCUGUGGGAGUUGGCCGAGGCUUGCUCCGUGCAGUUACCUGGGCUCGAGGCUGCGGCGCCACGGCGGCUGGCCGCGUGGAAGUGGCGCGCCCACUGCCGCGCGUCUGCCGCGACUCCGAGGGGGCAUGGGGGAGGGCCUGACCGCCCGCGAUGGUUUCAAUGGCGUCCUGCGGUCGGUGAAGCAGCUCGUGCCACCGGGGGCAGACCAGGCGUUCUUAGACGGGUGCCUCUCCACUGACGAGAGGAAUCGCGUGCUUGGUGCCAAGCAUUUUCACUUCGCAGUCAUCUCAGCACGCAGAGCCACGUCGGACGAGGGGCAGCUGGGGAUAAUGACGGUGGAGGCCCACUUCAAUGCGGUAGGGGUUAAGCCGACUUGGUAUGUGGACGCGGAGAGUCUGCAAGCCUACAAGAGCCUUGGCCUCAGCGCGGUCGUUGGUGGCAAGCUGACUCCUGCCAGGAACCUGGCCUUGGACGAUGCCAAGUCCAGGCGCCAGGUCUGCGUGCAGAUCUCCGACGACAUCUCGAAGUGGGAGUACUUCGACGUGGAGCGGCAGGAUUUCGGAGGCGAGACCAGCUUCCAGAGGGCGAACGCGGCCGUCUGCGGAGCCAAGCGGCUGUGCGUCUCCCCUCUGGCGGCGGCCCAGUUCAUCCUGGCCAAGAUGCGGUCGUCGCCCUCGCGGCCCCACCUCGGCGGGGUAUUCCCAACGCGGAACGCGUCGAUGAGCCUGGGCCAGGAGGAGUACUCGACGCACCACUUCAUCUUGGGCGAUUGUCGAGGCUGA